UCUACAUGACUGAACCACAUGAACCUGAAACAUGACUGGAAUUUUUAAACUCAUUUCAGUUUCCUACCUAAUUUAACUAGGGAGGUCACCUAUUCUAAAUCAAAAUGCUGAAAGGUUUCUGGUUUUGCAGACAAGUCAUUUUUCCUACAACCACACCUGAACAGCUGCUUCUCACAUUUGCAGACCCAUUGUAACCUCACCCGAUGCAUUUUGAAAUAAAAUAAUCACUUUAGUUUCAAUUUCCACAAUGAACGUUCUUACAUGAAUAAAUAUGUGCAGACGCACGGAAAGUUCCAAAGCGCUCGGUGGAAACAUUUGAUAAAUUAGCCAAACGCACGCACCGCGACCCCCACUGGAGAUGCCGGUCGCUGAUUGGACAAACCCGCUGGGGGUCCAGUGAUUUGUGUAACAAACGGCUAUAAAAAAAUAUAAAAAAACAGCUCGUCAACGUAACACUAACCAGGGAACUAACAGAGAGCUACAUCCCAAGUGUUCUCCACCAAAAAUCAAGCCUACCUCUUGCACCCGAUGAACAUCACCAUAUUUCAACAAGAUGCUAGCUAAAUUCGGCCUGUUUGCGAUCUUCCUAGUCCUGGGGACCUCCGCCUUCGAUGCCGAACCGGAGGAAUCCUCUCUUGGCCGUGCACGCUUCUCCUCCAAUAGCCCCUCGGAUGUGGCUGGGUGUUUGAAUGGUGCUCUAGCUGUGGGAUGUGGAACAUUUGCCUGCCUGGAGAAUUCUACCUGUGACACGGAUGGCAUGCACGAUAUCUGCCAACUGUUCCUCCACACCGCAGCUACCUUCAACACACAAGGUAAGACAUUUGUAAAAGAGAGUCUGAGGUGUAUUGCCAACGGCGUCACAUCUAAAGUGUUCCAGACCAUCAGACGCUGUGGAAUCUUCCAGAGGAUGAUCUCUGAGGUCCAGGAGGAGUGUUACAGUAGACUGGACAUCUGUGGUGUGGCUCGCUCCAACCCUGAGGCCAUUGGAGAGGUGGUACAGGUACCUGCACACUUCCCCAACAGGUACCACAGCACUCUGCUUCAGUCCCUGCUAGCCUGUGAUCAGGAGACAGUGGCGGUUGUCAGGGCGGAGUUUGUUUCUAGGCUGGGGCCAGACAUGGAGACCCUCUUCCAGCUGCUGCAGAACAAGCCUCGCCCCCAGGAGUCUAACCAAGGUGCUAACUCCGCCCCCACCGGCUGGCACUGGCCAAUGGGGUCUCCCCCCUCCUUCAAGAUCCAGCCCAGCAUGAGAGGAAGAGACCCCACCCACCUGUUCGCUAGGAAACGCUCUCUGGAGGUGUCGGAUAGAGAGAUGGAGUAAAGAGGAGACAAACACUACCGGUCAAAUGUUUUAGAACACCUGCUCCUUCCAGGGUUUUUCUUUAUUUCUACUAUUUUCUCCACUGUAGAAUAAUAGUGAAAACAUCCAAACUAGGAAGUAACAUAUGGAAUCAUGUAGUAACCAAAAAUGUGUUAUAUUUUAAUUUGAGAUUCUUCAAAGUAGCCACCCUUUGCCUUGAUGACAGCUUUGCACACUCUUGGCAUUCUCUCAACCAGAUUCAUGAGGUAGUCACCUGGAAUGCAUUUCAAUUAACAGGUGUGCCUUAAAUGUUAAUUUGUGGAAUUUCUUUCCUUAAUGUGUUUGAGCCAAUCUGUUGUGUUGUGACAUGGUGGUGGGGGGAUACAGAAGAUAGCCCUAUUUAGUAAAAUACCUAGUCCAUAUUAUGGCAAGAACAGCUCAAAUAAGCAAAGAAAAACGACAGUCCAUCAUUACUUUAGACAUGAAGGUCAGUCCAUAUGGAAAAUGUGAAGGACUUUGAAAGUUUCUUCAAGUGCAAUUGCAAGAACCAUCAAGCGCUAUGAUAGAACUGGCUCUCAUGAAGACAGCCACAGGAAUGGAAGACCCAGAGUUAACUCUGCUGCAGAGGAUACGUUCAUUAAAGUUACCAGACUCAGAAAUUGUUGACCAAAUAAAUGCUUCACAGAGUUCAAGUAACAGACACAUCUCAACUUCAACUGUUCAGAGGAGACUGUGAAUCAGGCCUUUGUGGUUGAAUUGCUGUGAAGAAACCACUACUAAAGGACACCAAUAAUAAGAAGAGACUUGCUUUGGGCAAGAAACACAAGUAUUGGACAUUAGACCUGUGGAAAUUGUGUGAUUUUUGGUUCCAACAGCCUUGUCUUUGUGAGACGCGGUGUGGGCGAACGGAUGAUGUCUCUGCAUGUGUAUUUCCCACCGUAAAGCAUGGAGGAGGAGGUGUUAGUGUGUGGGGCUGCUUGGCUGGUGACACUGUCUGAUUUAUUUCGAAUUCAAGGCACACAACCAGCAUGGUUACCACAGCAUUCUGCAGCGAUACGCCAUCCCAUCUGUUUUGCUCUUAGUGGGACUACCAUUUGAUUUUCACACCUCAACACUGUGUAAGGGCUAUUUUACCAAGAAAGAGAGUGAUUGAGUGCUGCAUCAGAUGAUCUGGCGUCAACAAUCCCCCAAACUCAACCAAAUUUAGAUGGUUUGGGAUGAGUCGGACCGCAGAGUGAAGGAAAAGCAGCCAACAAGUGCUCAGCAUAUGUGGGAACUCCUUCAAGACUUUUGGAAAAGCAUUCCAGGUGAAGCUGGUUGAGAGAAUGCCAAGAGUGUGCAAAGCUGUUGUCAAAGCAAAGAGUGACUAUUUGAAGAAUUUUGAUUUGUUUAACACUUUUUUGCUUACUACAUGAUUCCACGUGUAAUGUCAUAGUUUAUGUCUUCACUAUUAUUCUACAAUGUAGAAAGUAGUAAAAAAUAUAAAGAAAAAUCCUUGAAUGAGUAGGUGUGUCCAAACUUUUGACCGGUAGUGUACAUGCACACCGCUCUUACCUUAUACACACAAACACACCACAGCUACCUUAAACACACAAACAGACAGUCAUGAAUGCUUCAACUCUCCAUGCAUGCUGACACACACAUACGUGCACAUGCACGCACACACACACACACACGCACACACA